AUGGACGCUCCGUCGUCCGACCAGAAGGCACAGAAGGAAGAGCAGGGUGAGGUGCCCGAAGGGCUGAAGAAUGAGGUCGCCCCUGCCCCCAGCGACGCCCGUGGGGCCGGCAACCCCGAUCCCAGUGCCUUGGUCCCCUCGGUUUCGAGCGGCCUUUCUCCAUCGGGUGGUGGCGCCCCACAGAGCGGUACGGCAGGUUCCUCUGCUUCCGCCCUGGCUGCCGUUGGCGCCAUUUCGAUCAAUGGCGAGGGCCCGGAGCUGCCCUCCACGGGCUGUGUGCAGGAGAGGGAGCGUGCUGACCUCCAGGGCGGCCGCAGUCCCCACGCCAAGCUGAGAUGUGUGGUGCCCGGGGCGGGGCUGGGUCUCCAGGCCUCACACGCGGGCGGCGUGGCCGCCAUGGUGCAAGCCAUGAGGGGAGUUGGCCAGGCCAGUGGGCCUCCGACCCUGACCGCGAGCCCGGGGAGGGGCCGUGGGAGGAAGCAGCCCGGCCGCAAGGAGGCUGCCCAGGCUCAGAAGCCUCCAGAGCGGCGCUGUCUGUUUCCUGCGCUUCCUACAGCUCAGUGCCCGGUGCCCUUGCCGCCGCCAUCUUCUCCGGGCUCUCAGCCCAGCGGCCGCCGCCGUUCUCGGGCUUCUCCGUCGGGUCACGCAUCCCAGCCAGGCCCUGCCCUCCGAAGUCAGGCCCGGGCACCAGGCCCAGCCCUCCGCAGUCAAGCGGCCAGCCGCCGCCGUGCUUCCGCGCCGGGCCCAGCUCGCCGCGGCCGUGCAUCCGCGCCGGGCCCAGCUUACCGCAACCGUGCAUCCGCGCCGGGGCCAGCUUACCGCAACCGUGCUUCCAGUAGCCGUGCAUCUGGGCUAGGCUCUGCCACAAUAAUCACGCCAGCCCACCGGGCCCUGCUCUCCGCAGCCGUGCAUCCGGCCUUACGAAGGCUGGUGUACCAGAGCAGCUCAAGCUCUCCUGAUCCUGAGGUCCCAAGCCUUGGUGCCCAGCCCCGUUGGCAUGCAGUCCGUAUGCGUGCCUCCUCUCCCUCACCUCCUGGUAGGCUCUUUCCUUUCCCUGCGCAGUAUGGUGAGAGCUCCUCCUCUUCCUCUUCUACCUCCUCUUCCGGGUCUUCUGGCCAGAGCCCCUCCUCUUCCUCUUCCUCUUCCUACUCCUCCACUAAUUUUUCUGGCCAGAGCACCUCUUCCCCUAAGUGUAGUGGCUUGGGCUCCAUCUCCACUCCUAGUCCUGCAAGCCUGAGGCGUGCCUUGCUGCCAGAGCUUGAAGCCCUGAGCCCUCUGUCUCCAGGAGAGGAGGCUGAAACAGGGAGCGUGCCUUCCUCCCCUACACUCCAGUGGUGUGACAACUGCAAAAGAAAUUAG